UGUCUCUCACACACUGUCAGAGCACUGCUGCUGUUCUAUCACUGUGACACUGCCACAGCUCCACGCACUCGCUCGUCCUCCCGCGGCACCAGUUUAAAUAGGGCAUUUUGUGGCCACUGCUGCACUCAAUCUAGUUGAUCACUCGUUCAUACCACGUCUCGUACAACUUUCCGUUCACUUGCAAGUCAAGAAAGCAACUAUGGGUCUUCUGUCUCACGGGUCCCCACUGAACUGGGAAGAGACUAAGAAAUACGCAGAUCACGUCAGGCAGCACGGUAUCAUGCAGUUCCUCAACAUCUACCAUAAACUGAAAGAGCGGCAGAAGGACGUGCUGAAGUGGGGAGACGAGGUGGAGUAUAUUCUGGUUUCUUUCGAUCAUGCUAAUCAGAAAGCGCGCCUACUUCUCAGAGGGGAGGAGAUGCUUGAUACUCUUCAGGAAAGAGGUGAAAAAACUAACCCAAACCACCCAACACUUUGGAGACCAGAGUAUGGCAGUUACAUGAUUGAGGGAACACCAGGGCAACCUUAUGGUGGAACGAUGUCUGAGUUCAAUACUGUUGAAGAUAAUAUGAAAAAAAGGCGGCAGGAAGCCUCCUCAUUGCUUCCACAGGACACUUUUAUAUGCACGAUUACCUCAUUUCCUAGUACUUUAACAAGAAAUAUCCGUCAUAGAAGAGGUGAAAAGGUUGCCAUUAAUGUACCAAUUUUUAGAGACAAACAUACACCAUCUCCAUUUAUUGAACGGUUUCCGAAUGAUGCUGGAGAUAACAGUAAAGCAGCCAAACCUGAUCACAUAUACAUGGAUGCCAUGGGAUUUGGCAUGGGCAAUUGCUGCCUUCAGGUGACAUUCCAAGCUUGCAGCAUUUCUGAAGCCAGAUGUCUUUAUGACCAAUUAGCCACAAUAUGUCCGAUAGUGAUGGCUUUAAGUGCUGCAGCCCCAUUUUACAGAGGAUAUGUGUCUGAUAUAGAUUGUCGUUGGGGUGUAAUCUCUGCAUCAGUAGAUGACAGAACUAAAGAAGAAAGGGGAUUGGAGCCUCUGAAGAAUGACAAAUAUCGGAUAAGUAAAUCUCGUUAUGAUUCCAUAGACAGUUAUUUGUCUAAAUGUGGUGAAAAAUACAAUGAUAUUGAUUUGACUAUAGAUAAAGAGAUCUACAGACAACUAACACAUGAAGGUAUCGACCAUCUCUUAGCCCAACAUAUAGCACAUCUUUUUAUUAGAGAUCCUUUAACGUUAUUUGAAGAGAAAAUACAUUUAGAUGAUGCAAAUGAAUCGGACCAUUUUGAGAACAUUCAAUCUACAAACUGGCAGACAAUGAGGUUUAAACCUCCCCCACCAAAUUCUGACAUUGGCUGGCGAGUAGAAUUUCGUCCAAUGGAGGUACAGUUAACAGAUUUUGAAAACUCUGCCUAUGUUGUUUUUGUGGUGUUGCUGACUAGGGUAAUCCUUUCCUACAAGCUGGAUUUCCUUAUUCCAUUGUCAAAGGUUGAUGAAAAUAUGAAGGUGGCCCAGAAACGUGAUGCAGUGAGACAGGGGAUGUUCUAUUUCAAGAAGGAUAUUUGUAAAGCUGGCAAUGCAGUUGUUGAUGGCUGUUACACAGCACAUAAUGGCACAGAAACAGACCCUGAAGAAUAUACCCUAAUGAGCAUUGAUACAAUUAUCAAUGGAAAGGAAGGAGUGUUUCCCGGUUUAAUUCCAAUACUUAAUUCUUACCUUGAAAACAUGGAAGUUGAUGUGGAUACUCGGUGUUCCAUUUUAAACUACCUUAAACUUAUUAAGAAAAGAGCUUCAGGAGAGCUUAUGACUGUUGCGCGAUGGAUGAGAGAAUUUGUUUCAAAUCACCCUGACUACAAGCAGGACAGUGUAAUCACAGACAAAAUAAAUUACGACCUUUUGGUGAAAUGCAAUCAAAUUGCCAGUGAUUUGGCUGGAUGUCCAGAGCUGCUUGGUUUUACAAUUAAUAAGAUAAAGCAAAGUGGCGGUAAAACUGUAUCUUGAUGAUACAGUGCAAAUCAUUUACAAAACAUGUCACUUGAACUGCAUUGUCUGUGUAAUGACCAAAUAGGUAAUACUGCACUAUAAGAAGGCCGAUAUGCCUCCCAUGUAGUAGAAACUUCCUAAAUAAGCAUAUUCCUGUUGUUGAAAUUUAUACAGUGUGUAUGUAAAUAGUAAAAAUAUUUUUAUGACUAACAUUGUAUGGUAAUAACGUAUCACGUUACUGUGAAACUGGAUUCAUUUUGUAUGUAUAAUCUGAAAAAAAACAAUCAUGUUCAGUAGAGUACCAGUAUAUCUGUAUAAUGUAACAGAAUUUUACUCUUGUUUUAUAAAUUUCUGAAUUUGUUUCUUUAAUGAAUGUAUUGCUUAGACUUUUUUUUACUGUACCUAAUUCUUCAUCCAAAAAUAUACUUGAGUUACUUUGAAAGCGCACAAUACAUGUGUUGGCCAACUUGUUGGCAUUGCAUUAGUCUGCCAUUUGCUUAUUCAUAUGCCAAAUAAAGCAGUCAGCAGAAAGCACUCUUUGCUGAACAAGCACA